CGAAUCCCGCAAUUUCUCCAACUGUCGCACAAUUUGAUCCAGCCAAGGCCGAAGAAAUAUCAAGAACGGUAUACAUUGGUAAUAUCAAUUCCUCGAUAUCGGAACCGGAAUUAACACAAUUCUUUUCGGCCUGUGGUCCAGUUGCCUAUGUGAAAAUGGCAGGUGAUCCAGCUCAACCUACAAGGUUUGCGUUCUUAGAGUUUGCUACUUUUGAAGGUGCGCAGGCUGCUAUGCAAAUGAAUGGCGUUAUGUUAGGAGAUCGACCUUUAAAAGUAAAUCAUUCGAAAAAUGCAAUUAAUAAAACACCUAAGAAGAAUGAUGCACCGGAUGUACAAGCCACCAUGCGUCGUGUUAGGGAAGCACAACUAAGAAUUGCUAACCGAUUAAAUACCGAUGGGCCUAUACCAGAUAAUUCUCCUUCAGCAUCAAUAAAUGAUGUUGAAAUGAUGGAUGUUAGUUCACCUGCUGCUGAAGCGGUUCUACCUCGUAGUCGUUCUAGAUCCAUCCGGCGUAGUAGAACUAGGUCUGGAACGCGAAGUCGUAGUAGGCCCAGGAAACGUAGGUCAAGGACUAGGUCAAGGUCGAAAGACAGAGAUUACCAUUAUAGAAGGAGACGUUCAAGGGAUCGUGGAGAUCAUGAUAGAGGUUUGAAUCUUGGCUUGGCUUGUUUUAAUCAGAGGUAUCAGCGCGACUAUGGUGAAUGGUCAGGCCACGAAAGUGACCGAUAUAGAGAUCGUGACAGAGAACGGGAACGAGAACGUGAGAAAGAGAGGGAUCGUGAGAGAGAAAGGGAACGUGAGCGUGAUAGAGAACGUGACAGGGAACGUGAUAGAGAACGUGAUAGAGAACGUGACAGAGAACGUGAUC